ACUAAUCCCCAAACAUGAAGAAAACCCUAGCUCCUCUCUCACUGUAAUUCCAAGCGGAAAUUUGCUAGGGUUUUUUCUUCCACUUUGGAAACCGUAGAAGGCAGCUUCUCAUACCUUUGAACAUUCACUGUAAAUAUUGACUUACAAAAGUGAAAAACAAUGGAAAGAGGUUGAAGAACAAAAGGGGAACCAGCUUUUUGAGGCCUCCGCAUAUUUCGCCAUGAGAAUCGAAUGCUUCUUUCUCUGCAUUUAAUUUCGCCAUGAGAAUCGAAUGCUUCUUUCUCUGCAUUUAAUGUCGCCAGUGAAUGCCGCCACUUUUGGAAACUAUGAUAUGUUCUUGGAUUUUGUAUAAUUCUUAAGCCUUGCAUGAAGCCCUAAUUUCCAUUAACAGUUGUUUUACAAGCUUAAAAGCAUGCCUUUGUCUUUGAGAGCAAAGGUACAAGGGCUCUGCUUCUUUGGAGAAACUAAGGUGCAAUCUGAGAGUAUUGCUCUUUACAAGAAGCAGAUGAGAAUGGCUGACUUUCUUGAGGAAAGCAAUGGUUAUAAGAGAGAGAGGGGCUUUUUCUCUGCUCCAACUUCGCCAAGACUUCUUCUUUCAAAAUGGUUUGCUUCUUUUAAAUCCGCAAAGCCAAAGAACAGUAAAUUGUCUACUGGUUGGGUUGUUCAUGGUUCAAACAGUAAUGCAACUGAGAUUCCCAAAAGGACUGCUACAGCUGAACAUUUAUCAAAAACUCCAUGUCUAGAUGUGGGUUUUGGAGGGAAAUCACAGAAUUUGAAUUUGGGUAAUGUGGCUUCACAUGCUAGAAUUGCAGAGGAUCAUGUUGUGGAGAAUAUGGGAUUCUCAGGGUGUAGAGAGAGGGGAAGGAGCAACAAGAAGCGCAAAUGUGUGAAGCUCUUGAAGACGAAGAAACAGAGGCGAGAAGAGGUAGGGAUGAAUGCUCUGUCUAUUUCGGAUGAGAGAGAAAUUGUUUCUACUGAAACCAUUUCAGGAAUUUGUAAGGAGAGUAGGGGAGAUGGUACUUUUGAUGAGUAUGGUACUUGCAGUGGCUCUGGGUUGGAGAGUUCUGACCAGUUACCAGUUUCUACAGCGAGUUUUUCAAAGUCUGAAGAGUUGGCCUCAGCCUCAGGAAAAUCCCAGGGGGAGGUUUCUUUCAGCUUUGGGGUUGGAAUUGGUCUGGCUUUCCUAAUGUAUAUGUUUGACUUGCAAAGGCGAAUGGAGAACAUUCUUGAAGAUAUCAAAGAAGAGAGGAGGAGGGAUGUGUUGUCUGAGCAUCACAGAAAGCAAAGUGAUAUUGUAUAUUUUACUCCAGCUUACCAAGGAAUCAAUGAUUCUGGUGACAAGUUAUACCAUAAAUAUCAUAUGUCAAUGGGACAACUAGCUAAUGCUAGUUGUGCUACACAGCUUGAUAAGCUCCCUAACUAUGUCAGAGGAAAUGAGAUGGCUCAACAGAUGCAGAGGGAUCAACUUGAAGCAGAGCUUGAAGCUGAAUUGGAAGUUUUGCAACUUAACUUGGAUACUGAAUAUUUUUCUCAGAAGAAAAACCACCAAAGAGAGGAGACGGUUGUGGAUGACUAUUGUCGCCUGGAUGGAAGUAAUGAGUUGAGUGUAGAAGAGAUUCCUCGUGAAGAGGUUAUGAGCGAGUAUUGUGGGGUAUCGGCUAGUGAGCUUGAGCGCAGGCUACAUGAACUUCUCGAGAAAAGGCAACAAGAAAGGAUAACUGAACUUGAGAACGCUUUGGAAUGCUCGGAGAGAAGGCUUUUGGAGAAAGAAACGGAAGUGUCUUGGUGGAGAGAGAAUGCUAAACUUUUCUAUCAAAAAAGAUUGCAGAAAUGAUUAUCCUUGAUGAUGGUAAAGCUUUGAGGCUGUAUCCGAGCCGAUAAAUUUACUCUUUAUUGCAGCAUAUCGGUAUCGUUGUCUUUAUCUUUUGUCCUCUUUGUGUAUGUCUUUAUUUUUGUCCUCUUUGUCAUGGUAAGCUUGUUUUUCGUGGAACUUCGCUUAAAGCCAAAGAGUUUGCUGUUGAUGAAUAGAGUGACU